AUGGUCUUCUGGAUCUUCACCAGUGUUGCGUAUGCCGCGGAUUUCAGAGUGACGUUUAUCAAUCCGGGCGGCUCCAGCGGGUUCUGGGGCGAAGUCUCCAAGACAAUGUCUGCCGCGGCAGCGGACCUGAAUAUCGACCUUGAAAUCCUGAACGCCGAUCGACAGCCUUAUGGUAUGGAGGAGCGGUUGCAGUUGCGGCUGGAGCAAGGAAAUCUGCCCGACUAUUUUAUUCUCGUGAACGAAUAUCAGGCUGCUGCCCGUCUGGUUCAAUUGUUGGAUGGCAAGCCGAGCAAAGUUCUCUUUCUCCUGAACAAUCUUACCCGGAAACAAAAAGCGAUACUCGAAUUGCGCAAUAUCGAUCUGCGCAAGAUCAUCGCUUCCGUGGUGCCGGACAAUGAGACUGCCGGCUAUGAAAUGGCCUUUUCGCUGUUUGAAAACGAACGCCUGCUGCAUCCUGAUCGAAAAAAGAUCCGGUUGCUUGCCCUGACCGGAGACACGUCGACACCGGCCGGACUGCUACGUGAAACGGGUAUGCAGCGCGCCGUCGCGGACAAUUCCGACGUUGAUCUCAUACACGCCAUCCCGGUGAACUGGAACGAGGAAACCGCGUAUGCGCGCGCCAGGGACGUUCUCGCCCGUACGCCGGUGGAUAUCGUCUGGAGUGCAAAUGACGCGAUCGCCUUCGGUGCUCGCAAGGCGGUGGAAGAAACGGGAUUGAAAGCAGGGGCGGACGUCCUCUUUGCGGGCCUCAACUGGUCCAAGCGCGCCAUGGACGCCAUUCAGCGCCGGGAAAUGACCAUGUCCCAUGGCGGUCAUUUUUUUGCCGGUGCCUGGGCGAUCGUCAUGCUCAGGGAUCACUUCUACAGGAUUUCGGCGGGUGAAGUUUACGUGGACGUCCGUUUCAAGAUGUCGCCGAUCACUGCAGACAAUGUGGCGCUGUACCUGGAAAACCUUGGAGACGGCAACUGGGACAAGAUUGACUUCAGCCGCUUUUGCAAGACCCGAAACGGUCGCAGCAACUACGACUUCUCCGCAACCGCAAUAUUGGAAGCGGCGGCUUCGACACAAUAG